AUGGCAUCGUCGACGUCGAAAAAACGAAAACGAGACGACGACGUAGAUGGGGAACUUGUACAAGAUAUCGUACGUAUUAUUCGUACUAGAAACCAUACCGUACCCAAUUAUGACAUUUCCGCUCAGCAAAUUCACGAACUUGUGGACAUAAUUCGCACAAAUCAAACUAAACGCGUACGUCGCGAAGUGUUUAGUGCUGAAUUAUUACGCGUCAAUCGACGAUUUAAUCACAACGAAUUUAUUUAUAAUAUUAGCGUAGGACGUAAUAAUGCAAGUAGUUUACCAGAUUUUUUACAGAGUAUGAAUACUGUUUUUAAAUAUUUGAUAAAUGUAAUGAAUUUUAAUGCUAGUUCGGCGACAGAUAAAGCACGUUUCUAUAUUUCGAAUGCUCCGACGGCUAGUUUUUCGACGGCUAUUUUAAAUGUAGGAGAUUUUACACCUGCAUUGUUUUUAAAUAUUUUCGAACGACAUAUGCAAAGUAAUGCACGUGCCGUGAUUGACAAUGGCUGGCAAUCGAUCGUGAGUCUAUAUAUUUUCCCCAAUAGGUAUGUGCGUCCUCCAAAUAAUAGGAAAAAAUUAAAACAGCCUAAAAUUUAUAAAUAUUACGGUAAAAAUCCUAGCGAGUCGGGUAACGGACGCACAUCGGCAAGUAAGCAUGGGCGGGGGGUACGAAAUGGUGUUUUUCAAGUGGUAAGUAGUAAAAAAUGUUUUGCCCUUAGUUUGCUGGUGGGAAAAUCGUUUUUGCACAAAGACAAACAAUACGAUGUUUUAAACGUACGACGUAACACGGAACUCACGACGUUGUAUACAGACGCACAGAUCGAUAAUGUUUACGCAUGCGCCAACAUACCCCAGGGUUCCGUACGUGUUGAUCAAUGUCAUCUGUUCUACGAGAAUUAUUUACGCGUGGACAAUAUUGAUUUGGUUAUUUUUUCUAAAGCUCGACACGAUUCCAUCGUUUACGAUUCGCGUUUAGAUGCGUCGGGAAAUAUUCAUCGUAUUACCGAGAAUGUUAUUUUUCUUUGGUUGAACGACGCUCAUUUUGAUUUGAUUUUAUCGUCACGAAAAUUUAUGAAAAAUAGCGGAUCUCGUUUUUGCAUGAAAUGUAUGAAAUACUUUCGUGUUUUUGAAAAUGCCACGACCCACGUUUGUCGCACGGUAAAUAUGUGUAAGAAAUGUUACGCUCACGAGGCAAAAUGUGUCAGCGAGGAGGGUUUUAAAAUCGAAUGUAGCGAAUGUCAUGUACUGUUUCGUAAUAGGGAAUGUUUUACAAAACAUUUAACACAUGCUAUUUUUAAAAACAACUACAGCAAAAAUGUACCUGCCUGUCGUUUUUUCUUUUUCUGUAAAACUUGUUAUCGAAUCGUACCGCGUAUGACACAGAUUAGUACAAAAAAAUCAAUUAAACACAAAUGCGGUCAAUUUUAUUGUCUUCAUUGUAAUGCUAUUAAGGAUCAGGGUCAUGCUUGUUACAUGAAACCGUAUAAAAUUCCUGCCAAUGAAGUAUUGCCCGUGUUGUAUUUUUACGAUCUUGAAACGCGUUUGAAUGACGAAAAACUUAUGGUACCCUUUUAUGCUGUUGUACAAAAAGUUUGUAGUCAAUGUGACGAGAAAGAGUUUGUGAGAUUACAGAAUAAUUUUUUGCCACAUCCCACGAUAAAGCAUUGCGACGAUAGUGUAGAACCCGUAGCAUGUUGUAUGCACAGACAAUAUGUUUUUGAAAAUAAUAACGCGGAUAUCACUGAUUUACUUAUUAGUUUCAUGUUUGCUCAAACCAAAAAUAGUGUGUGGAUAGCGCACAAUGGCGGGCGUUUUGAUAAUAUAUUUUUACUUCGAGAAUUGUUAGUAAAAAGGGGUGUGGUUCCGGAUACUGUCAUGAACGGUAAUAAAAUUAUGAGUAUGGAAAUUCGGCACGAUGAUAUCACAAUUAAGGUAAUUGAUAGUUAUUUGUUUUUGGCCAUGCCCUUGAGUAAAAUUCCCGAAGCAAUGGAUAUACCCGAUCUUGCAAAAGGGUAUCACCCUCAUUUUUUUACAGACUUAAAUUAUGUGGGACCCAUGGUAGGGUUAGAGUAUUUUGAUUUAAGUCGCGAAGAGAAUAUGGAAGCAUUUAAUAAAUGGUACGAAAUUCAAAAAACAAAAACGUAUAUAUUUCGCGAUGCCGUUUAUUACUAUUGUCGUUUGGACGUGGAUAUUUUGCGGCAGGGGUGCGUGAGAUUUGCACGUCUCAUCGUAAAUAUUACGAAAAUUUUUCCAUUUUACGAUCGCACAUGUCACACCAUUGCGGGUUUAGCAUUGAAAAUAUACCGUGCUAAUUUUUUAAAAGAAGACGUCAUCGGACAAAUCCCUCCAACGGGUUACGGCGGGAAUGUUAACCAAAGUAUUAUAGCGUUACAUUGGCUCGAGGAGAUUCGUGCAGAUCUUGAAGCGCAAAGCUAUUCGUUGCGAAGUAAGUUGUCGCCUGAAGGGGAGGAAAAUAUUUUAAAUUAUUUUGUGGACGGCUAUUGUGCUGAAACGAAUACGAUUUAUCAAUUUCAUGGUUGUUUUUUUCAUGGUUGUAGCGAAUGUUUUGAAAGCGGUGAUAUAAACAAAGUGAACGGGCAACGAUUUUAUGUAUUGCGUGAAAAAACUCGUCGAAUCACGGAUCUUUUUAAAGAUUAUCAUUUUACAGUCGUGGAAAAAUGGGAAUGCGAAUACAUUCAAGAAUGUAGUUUAUCGCGAAAUACUAUUCUUGAAUUGGGUCACGUGAAAUAUUUCACUUACAUCAAUUUAAAUCCUCGCGACGCCUUGUUUGGCGGGCGGACGUCACCGGCGAUACUAUUUUAUGACGUCAAGGAUUCGGAACAGAAACUUCGUUAUUACGACUUUACUUCCCUAUAUCCGUAUGUUCAAAAAAAAUAUCGUUAUCCGACAAAACAUCCGGAGAUUACGCGAGGUGUUGACAAAUGUGCAAAAUUAAAUGUUUCUCAAAUUUUCGGUUUAAUUAAAUGUAAGAUAUUAGCACCACGUACUAUGCUAUUCCCCGUAUUACCCAUACGGUUAGAAAAAUUAACGUUUGCUCUUUGUACGACUUGCGCGCGCAAUCAAUGUGACAAGUGUACACACGAUGACGAGCAACGAGCAUUGUAUGGCACGUGGACGAGUGUAGAAGUUCACGUGGCGCUCGAACACGGAUAUAAAAUACUUGCUAUUUACGAAGUUUAUCAUUAUCCCCAUAGUGCUAAAAUUUUGGAUUUGUACGUUGAUACGUUCAUGAAAUUAAAACAGGAAAGUAGUGGUAUGCCACGUCAGUGUAUAAAAGAUGAUGGCAGUGUUGAUAAUGUAAAAUUACAAGCAUACAUACAAGAAUAUGCAGAUCACGAACAAAUUUACUUAGAUGCUUCAAAGAUAGGUCAUAAUCCCGGGCAACGUACGGUCAUGAAAGCUCUUUUAAAUUCAUUAUGGGGAAAAUUAGCACAGAAUAAAGACACCACCGUGGUGUCGUUUCUCGACGAUUUUGACGAUUUGUUAGAAUUGGUAAACGAUAAAACAAUCGAGGUAACCUCGUUGGAUUUUAUAAGUGAUAAUAUUGCACGCACUACUCAUCGAAAAAUAUCGGGCGCGCUAACAACUCUAGGUAAUCGUAACGUAGUAAUCGCGUCGUUUGUAACCGCGUAUGCACGUCUAGAAUUAUUUUCGGUCCUUGACAAACUACAGGAGAAUGUUUUAUAUUAUGAUACGGAUUCGGUUAUUUACAGGGAAGAUCGGGCACAGGGGAAAUAUUUAGAAACGGGUAAAUAUUUGGGGCAAUUAACCGACGAGUUGAGUGAAAAAAAUUGUACGGAAAAAUGGAUUACGGAAUUUUGUGCGUCAGGUCCAAAAUCUUAUUCGUAUCGUACAAAUAGAUAUAUUAAAACAUUAGAGGAUGGUACAUGCGAGGAACGUGUUGAUGAGGUGACGCAUGUUAAGGGUUUUCGUUUACAGGGCGAUGCUAAAAAAAAAAUCACCUUCGCGAGUUGUAUUCGUGAUCAUAGUCGAGAAAUUACGGUCGUCUAUCGUGAAUUUGCUCGGUGUAAUAGUCAAACGAUUGCGGUGGAAAAUAAAGAAAAAUCUUUUCAUUUUACAUUUGAUAAACGCAUCGUAUGUGAUGAUUUUACAACAUUUCCAUUCGGUUACGGAUUAUGAGUUUCUAUUAUUUUUUUUCUCAGGAAAAAUGCAUUGAUCACGUCGCGUUACCCUUACACCAUCCGUUUAUGCUCACCAUGUGUGGACCCACACAAUGUGGGAAAACAGAGUUCAUCAAGAAAAUAAUAACGAACAUCGACGAGAUGAUUAAACCCACACCCGAUAAACUUGUCUAUCUGUACAGUACAGACCAAACGAAAUACGAUGACAUUAAAGACGUAAUACGUAGGAACAGUGCAAAGUCAAAAUUAAAAACAUUCGAGUUUGUGGAUUGCAGUGCAUUGGGUAUUCCCACCAUUAGUGAACUAAAAAAUAAAUUGGGCAACGCUACACUUUUGGUUCUAGACGAUUUGAUGAUUCUAGCAGCAUCCGAUACGAAAUAUAUAGAAAAUUUAAAUAAUAUAGCCUCACGCGAUAGCCAUCAUGCAAACAUGUCGGUUAUUUUCGUAUGUCAAGAUUUAAAUUACGGAAGUGGUAAAUUACGAAACGCUCGCGUUAAUAGCCAGUAUCACGUAAUGUUUAACAACUAUACGGAUCUUCGAAAUAUAGAAAUGAUUGCUUCGAAUAAAAAGAUUAGUUUGAAAAAAAUUCACAAAGUAAUUAAAUCUGUAGAGAAGAAAAGUCAAUACGGAUAUAUUUGCUUCGAUGGUUCGCCACGAGGUUAUCGUAAUACACGAAUUCGUACGGGUAUUUUACCCGGCGAAAAAACUAUAAUUUACGAAUGUACACCAGACAUGUAA